CUGCCUGACUUCCUCCCAGCACAUUCCUGUACUCCACCUGCGUCCACACUGCCCCGAAGACCCAGACCCAGUGCCCAGAGCCCACUGUGGCCCCACUGUAAGCCCCUCUGGCUGGGUCUUGCCACGGUGACAGCAGGUGGCCCUGGGCUGGGGUCUGGGGGCUCCCUACAGGGUUGGCAGCCCUGCAACCUCAGAGACCACCCGAGUGUCGCCUCUGUCCCCAGCCUUGCUGGUCCAUGGUCCCACUGGCCCCCCAGAUGCCUGGCUGAGACCCAGCAGUGGCCCAAGCUGUCCCUGCCACCUCCUGGCCCCCAAGGUUGCCUCUGCAGCAGGCAACAACUUGGGCACUAGGCAGCUAACAGACGCGGCCGCCGGCCUGAGCAGCAGCAGCAUGGGCAGCGCCAGCCCCAGCCUGAGCAGCCUGCCCCCCAGCCGCCUCCUGCUAUCGCCCAGCGCUGUGUUUCGGACAGGCCCAGAGAAGGUGGCGGCUGCCGUGGUCAGGCCCGAGAGACAGGACUGGAGCCCUAGCCCACCCACCACACCCGAACAGGGUCUGUCUGCCUUCUACCUCUCCUACUUGGACAUGCUGUACCCCGAGGACAGCCACUGGGCCGCCAAGGGCCCCGGAGUCAGCACACAGGACAAGCCGCCUGAGGAGCCCGAGCAGUGCCCGGUCAUUGACAGCCAAGCCCCAGGGGGCAGCCUGGACUUGGUUCCAGGCGGGCUGGCCCUGGAGGAGCACUCGCUGGAGCAGGUGCAGUCCAUGGUGGUGGGUGAGGUGCUCAAGGACAUUGAGACGGCCUGCAAGUUGCUCAACAUCACCGCAGACCCCAUGGACUGGAGUCCUGGCAACGUGCAGAAGUGGCUCCUGUGGACGGAGCACCAGUACCGGCUGCCCCCCGUGGGCAAGGCCUUCCAGGAGCUGGGGGGCAAGGAGCUGUGCGCCAUGUCAGAGGAGCAGUUUCGCCAGCGCUCACCUCUGGGCGGGGACGUGCUGCACGCCCACCUGGACAUCUGGAAAUCAGCGGCCUGGAUGAAAGAGAGGACUUCCCCUGGGACAAUUCACUUCUGCGCCUCCACCAGCGAGGAGAGCUGGACGGACAGCGAAGUGGACUCAUCCUGCUCUGGGCAGCCCAUCCACCUGUGGCAGUUCCUCAAGGAGCUGCUGCUCAAGCCCCACAGCUACGGCCGCUUCAUCCGGUGGCUCAACAAGGAAAAGGGCAUCUUCAAAAUUGAGGACUCCGCCCAGGUGGCCCGGCUGUGGGGCAUCCGAAAGAACCGCCCCGCCAUGAACUACGACAAGCUGAGCCGCUCCAUCCGCCAGUAUUACAAGAAGGGCAUCAUCCGGAAGCCGGACAUCUCCCAGCGCCUUGUCUACCAAUUCGUGCACCCCAUCUGAGGGCUUCGGGUCAGGCCCAGGGCUUGAACUCAUCCUUCCCCGACCUCCCUCCUGCCUGCCCCUGUCCGGGCCAGACCCUGAGCUAGGGGAGAGGCAGUGUGCUGGCAUUUGGAGUCCAAGGUCAGGGAGGGGAUGGCCCAGUGCCCCCAGGAGUGUAGUGAGCUCUCUGGGGCCCGAGGGACCCUGGGUGGGGAUGCUUCCUCCUCAGGCCUGACUGUUCACGCCCCGCCCACUGCGGGAUGAAGGGAGACAGGGCUGUGUUCAGUGUUCACAGCUCCCCAGGGAAGGCACUCCCUCCACACCAGCCUCUGAUCUCAGCAUUUCUAGAGCGGACCUAACAGAAUGGCAGUGACUUGUCCAGGGUCACUCACAGUCCAGCGCUCUCCUCCACCCACUCUGCACCGCACCUGGCAUGGUGCCAGGAGAUGUCUGCAUCCCUGAGCUGGGGAGCCAGGGGUGUCUCUGGGAACGGGUAAUAAAGAUACUAGAAAACUGA